AUGCCGACGACGGAGCCUGCGUACUUCAGAGCUGUGCCCUGGUGUGCCACUCUACUGUCUGAUCCAGAUUACAUCGUGGUUCCCUCUCGGUUCGGUCGGCCCAUGAAGGAUGGGAGAGGCGAGUUCUUCACCAAAACUCUGGCUACAGAAACCACGAUCACCGCCUGCGUAUGUCAAACGCGCAGGGCCAAGCGGAACGACAAUGGCCAUCAGAACGCUUCGAUUGAGACCGCGCCCACAGCAUCAGUAGCCCAGCCGACUGUAUCGGAAGUCCGUGCAUUCUUGUCCACAGGCCCGGGAGUCAAUGGGCAUCCCGGCAUCGCCCACGGUGGAUUUGUCGCCGCGAUAAUCGACGAGAUUAUGGGCUUCUUGAUCAACAGCAACAGCGCCAUGACAGAGACAGCUGGUAUCCCACCUGACCGAUCAGUCAGUCCGGCCCAUGCUCACCAGCAAGCUAUACCCAUGACGGUGCCGGGUAUAUCGAUCAUGACAGCAGAGCUGACGACGAAAUAUCGAAAACCAGUCCCGACAGGAGUGCCGCUGCUGGUGCGCACUUGGAUCGAAAAAGUUGAGGGGCGAAAGAUCUUCGUGAGGGCAACGGUCGAGGCUGAGGAUCGUCAGAUCUUGACCGAAGGCGUCGGUCUUUUUGUCGCAUUGAAGCCCGGAGGCAAGGGCUUUGCGGCGAAGAAGACGAAGGCCAAGAUAUAG